CUAUCCCAUAUCUUCCCUCUCAUCCCAUCUAUCCUCUCUCUCAUCCCAUCUAUCCUCUCUCUCAUCCCAUCUAUCCUCUCUCUCAUCCCAUCUAUCCUCUCUCUCAUCCCAUCUAUCCUCUCUCUCAUCCCAUCUAUCCUCUCUCUCAUCCCAUCUAUCCUCUCCCUCAUCCCAUCUAUCCUCUCUCUCAUCCCAUCUAUCCUCUCUCUCAUCCCAUCUAUCCUCUCCCUCAUCCCAUCUAUCCUCUCUCUCAUCCCAUCUAUCCUCUCCCUCAUCCCAUCUAUCCUCUCUCUCAUCCCAUCUAUCCUCUCUCUCAUCCCAUCUAUCCUCUCUCUCAUCCCAUCUAUCCUCUCCCUCAUCCCAUCUAUCCUCUCUCUCAUCCCAUCUAUCCUCUCUCUCAUCCCAUCUAUCCUCUCCCUCAUCCCAUCUAUCCUCUCUCUCAUCCCAUCUAUCCUCUCCCUCAUCCCAUCUAUCCUCUCUCUCAUCCCAUCUAUCCUCUCUCUCAUCCCAUCUAUCCUCUCUCUCAUCCCAUCUAUCCUCUCCCUCAUCCCAUCUAUCCUCUCUCUCAUCCCAUCUAUCCUCUCUCUCAUCCCAUCUAUCCUCUCCCUCAUCCCAUCUAUCCUCUCUCUCAUCCCAUCUAUCCUCUCUCUCAUCCCAUCUAUCCUCUCCCUCAUCCCAUCUAUCCUCUCUCUCAUCCCAUCUAUCCUCUCUCUCAUCCCAUCUAUCCUCUCCCUCAUCCCAUCUAUCCUCUCUCUCAUCCCAUCUAUCCUCUCUCUCAUCCCAUCUAUCCUCUCUCUCAUCCCAUCUAUCCUCUCUCUCAUCCCAUCUAUCCUCUCCCUCAUCCCAUCUAUCCUCUCUCUCAUCCCAUCUAUCCUCUCUCUCAUCCCAUCUAUCCUCUCCCUCAUCCCAUCUAUCCUCUCUCUCAUCCCAUCUAUCCUCUCCCUCAUCCCAUCUAUCCUCUCUCUCAUCCCAUCUAUCCUCUCUCUCAUCCCAUCUAUCCUCUCCCUCAUCCCAUCUAUCCUCUCUCUCAUCCCAUCUAUCCUCUCCCUCAUCCCAUCUAUCCUCUCUCUCAUCCCAUCUAUCCUCUCUCUCAUCCCAUCUAUCCUCUCCCUCAUCCCAUCUAUCCUCUCUCUCAUCCCAUCUAUCCUCUCUCUCAUCCCAUCUAUCCUCUCCCUCAUCCCAUCUAUCCUCUCCCUCAUCCCAUCUAUCCUCUCUCUCAUCCCAUCUAUCCUCUCCCUCAUCCCAUCUAUCCUCUCUCUCAUCCCAUCUAUCCUCUCCCUCAUCCCAUCUAUCCUCUCUCUCAUCCCAUCUAUCCUCUCUCUCAUCCCAUCUAUCCUCUCCCUCAUCCCAUCUAUCCUCUCUCUCAUCCCAUCUAUCCUCUCUCUCAUCCCAUCUAUCCUCUCUCUCAUCCCAUCUAUCCUCUCUCUCAUCCCAUCUAUCCUCUCCCUCAUCCCAUCUAUCCUCUCUCUCAUCCCAUCUAUCCUCUCUCUCAUCCCAUCUAUCCUCUCCCUCAUCCCAUCUAUCCUCUCUCUCAUCCCAUCUAUCCUCUCCCUCAUCCCAUCUAUCCUCUCUCUCAUCCCAUCUAUCCUCUCUCUCAUCCCAUCUAUCCUCUCCCUCAUCCCAUCUAUCCUCUCUCUCAUCCCAUCUAUCCUCUCCCUCAUCCCAUCUAUCCUCUCUCUCAUCCCAUCUAUCCUCUCUCUCAUCCCAUCUAUCCUCUCCCUCAUCCCAUCUAUCCUCUCUCUCAUCCCAUCUAUCCUCUCUCUCAUCCCAUCUAUCCUCUCCCUCAUCCCAUCUAUCCUCUCCCUCAUCCCAUCUAUCCUCUCUCUCAUCCCAUCUAUCCUCUCCCUCAUCCCAUCUAUCCUCUCUCUCAUCCCAUCUAUCCUCUACCUCAUCCCAUCUCCCCUCUCUCUCAUCCCACCUCUCCUCUCCCUCAUCCCACCUCUCCUCUCCCUCAUCCCACCUCUCCUCUCCCUCAUCCCAUCGCUCCUCUCUCAUCCCAUCUCCUCCUCUCUCAUCCCAUCUCUCCUCUCAUCCCAUCUCUCCUCUCAUCCCAUCUCUCCUCUCUCAUCCCAUCUCUCCUCUCUCAUCCCAUCUCUCCUCUCUCAUCCCAUCUCUCCUCUCUCAUCCCAUCUCUUCCCCCCCAUCCCGUCUCUCCUCUCUCAUCCCACGUCAUCACUCCCAGGCCGAGCCCCUGCUACCUGAAUGUCACUGACUCCUUCCCCAACUUUUCUGGAAACACCCCCACCAUACCCACGUCACUCUCUAACUCACCGAGUAUCCCUCCAAGCCCACCCGGAGCCUCUCCAGCCCCAACCCCAGAGCAGCUGCAGACCCAGCUCCUCUCCACCGCACUCUUCACAAACCCGCUUCGCGAGUCAGCUCUUGGCAAGUUGUCCCCUGAAAUGAGGGCGACGGUGGAGAGAGGCGGGGGUGAUGUGGGCGGGUGUUUGCUCACGGGCCCGCAGCUGCUGGUGAAUCGGGCGUUGGAUCAAUUAGGCAAGUGGGAGUGCUUGGCUGUGCUGCUCGCGAUUGGGCUUGCUGUAAAGCUCAUCACCUUGUUGCUGCUAGUGAGGCUUCGGCGGGCCAAGCAGAAAUAG